CAUCUCCUCAACCUGCAAAACCCAACGACCAGUCACACGUCUAGUAGAGAAACGCAUUGCCCGACGGCAACCACUCAUUUCCAACGCGUGGACCACACCACACUAUCAUGCAUCGUUCACCAUGCACCAUGCACCAUGCUUUUGACACAUAUAUCGCAAGAGACUCAUACUAUCACUCCAAGUGGGCCCCUCCCCCCUAUCCUCGGGGCACGGAUGGCAGCCAACCGAUUUGCAACCGCCGACGGCCCAAAGUGUGGAUCUUCCGCCGGAGGUGUUUAUGAAGAUCGAAGAUCCGCCUCGCAUUCGUUCGGCUUGAGCUCCCUCUUCCUUUUGAUCUCCGCCUCUCCGACGGACUGAAUAUGCGACUCUGAGCCCUCUCUUCUGUGUUUGAUUUUGACGCUACCGCUACCGCUACCGCCCCGCAGCUCAAUGCCCCGCAUUCCCAGCGAUAAUCAUGCCGUUGACGCAGGGCUCAACUUCCCUCCUACUGCCACUGCUACUGCUACUGCUACUGCUGCCAGCGGCGGUCCUCGCAGAUGAAGGCCCCUACAACCAAUCGCAACUCUACGACCAAGGGCGCAUGGGCUCGUGGCCCACGGAGCUCUUCCGGUCGACCACGACCGUCGGGCUGGCCGUGAACUGGGUGCAGACCAGCCCGCGCUGCAAGGCCGCCGGGGAGUACUACCUGCUCGCGCCGCGGGGCGCCAGCGUCCACCGUCCGGGGCCCAUGAUCCUCGACCCGGACGGCCACCUGGUCUGGACCCGGGAGUACGGGCAGACGUACAACCUGGACGUGCAGCGGUACCGGGGCCGGGAGUAUCUGACCUUCUGGGUGGGGAGCGAUGCCGAUGUUGGGCAUGGGAGGGGCACGUAUUUCAUGCUCGACUCCUCGUAUCAAGAAGCGUAUAAGUUCACGGCGGCGCGGAACCUCCCCGGCGAUCUGCACGAGUUCCACAUCACGCACGACGACACGGCGCUGCUGACCAGCUACGACCGGCGGCGCGCCGACCUCUCGCGGGUGGCCGACGAGACCGGCGAGCUCGGCCCCGUGGCCGGCUGGAUUUGGGAGGGCACGUUCCAGGAGGUCGAGAUCGAGACGGGCCGGCUCCUCUUCGAGUGGCACGCCUCGGAGCAUUUCGCCUUCGAGGACGUCGAGCGCGGCCGCGAGGCCGGGCAGGGCGCCUCCGCGGACCAACCCUGGGACUUCUUCCACAUCAACAGCGUCGACAAGGACCGGCGCGGCAACUACCUCGUCUCCGCGCGGUACGCCAACUGUCUGAGCUACGUCGACGGGCGCACGGGCGAGAUCCUGUGGCGGCUGGGCGGGAAGCGGAAUAACUUCACCGAUCUCACCUCCUCCUCCCCGGCGCCAUCAUUCGGGGAUUCAGCAGGCCCCGCCACGAACUUCACCUGGCAACACCACGCCCGCUUCCGCGACAACGACACCGCCAUCACGCUCUUCGACAACGCCUCGCGCGGCCUCGGCGCCCCCGCCCGCACCUCCCGCGGCCUGUACCUGGACCUCGACCAGACGCGCCUCACCGUCCGCCUGCGCCACCAGUACUCGAACGCCCCCGACCAGGCCCUCAGCAGCCAGAGCCAGGGCAGCCUGCAGCUCCUGCCCAACGGCAACGUGCUGGUCGGCUACGGCUGGAACGCCGCCUGGACCGAGUUCUCGCGCGCCGGCGAGCCCCUCUGCCAUGUGCACUUCGGCCCCCAGCGCGAGUUCGGCCUCGGCAAUAUCCUCUCCUACCGCGUGUUCAAGCAACCCUGGCGUGGGGCCCCGCGCACACGCCCGGAUUUCGAGGUGUAUCGGUAUCGCGCCGCCGCGAGUUGGAAUGGGGCUACGGAGGUGGUGGCGUGGGGGCUGGAGGGGACGGAUGAUGUUUCUGCUGAGCGGCAGCAGCAGGGGCAGCAGGGGCAGAUGGGAGAAGCGGGGGCUGGUGGUGGUGGUGGUGGUGGGAGUGGGAGUGGAGGGGCCGCCGCCUUUGCGAGAGUCACGACCGUGCCUAAGGUGGGGUUCGAGACUGUGAUCCCUAUCCCGGAGGAUGCGACUGCGUACAGGUAUCUCCGCGUGCUGGCGCUGGAUGCCUCGGGCCACGUGCUGAGUGCGUCGAAGCUUGCGCGCUGGGAUCCGGCGGCUGAGGAGGCGGUUGUGGUCUCGGGGGUAGAUGGGGAUGAGGACGAUGGACUAGGGCGGUUUGGCACUAAGGGGAGUACAGCUGUGGUCGGGCUCUUGGGUUGUGCGCUGCUCCUCGUUGUCGCUGUUUGUCUCGUGCGCCGACUCGGAUUCCUGUUCCGGAGGACUGCGCUCCGUCGGGUGAAUGGUCGGGAGCGGGGAGCCUUCCGGCCCUUGAAACGCUGGGACGCGGAGGACGAGGGGUGUUUGAGCGAUGUUGAAGGUGGGGAGGGGGUGGAACUCUCGACUCUGUUGGGACAUCACCGGAUAGGCUCUCUUCCGGACAGAGAGGAUGAAGAUCAUCGAAGCAGGAACAUGAGACCCGGGGUGCAGGUGUAG